ACGUCAAAUACGUCAAAUUACCUACCCACACUUCUUAUAUAUAUAUACCAACUUCGGAAGCACUGUGAGCUUUUCAUCAGUACUACCAUUCACUUCACACUUUCCCGCUAUUGUUAUGGAUUUUCGAUAGGAGGGUACAUAAAGAUGGGAUUCUAUUCCUUCAUCAAAGAUGACCGGUUCAUUGCGGUUAGUCUUGGCUUGAGUACCAUCGGCUUCUUUUUCGGUAUGCGAACAAUCCUCGAAUACUACCGAGAUGAGGCUGAGAUCAAACCAACGCCGCCAAAGACCCAGUAUAUCACUCAAGAGACAGAAGAUUCACUAAAACAGGGUACUCUCGAGAGCCUGCUUAAUCACUAUAACUUCGCGAUACGAGACACGGCCUUGAAGAUUAUCGCUGGCCGGGCUACUAACGAUGGUUCGGCAAUCUACCAACUUUUAUGGGGGAUCACCCGUGAGGAUUGUGAAGAACGUAUGGAGGCGUUGAGAGCGCUCGCAUUUGCUAUGGAAGAUAAGGAUGCAUUCCAAGAGCCCUUGGCCGCACUCAAUACCCCGAAAGCCUACAGUGCGCUCGUCAGGUCACUCGAGUUAGGACUUGGCAACGCAGAGCACGAGAAACUUGACGAUCCGCUGUAUGACGAAUAUUACCUCCGAGACAUCGGUGAGCGGCGCUGUCUCAUGCUAGUCUCCCAGCUAGUCCAUCGGUACGGCGUCCACAGAUUGGUCGAAGCUGGAUUUGUUGAGAGGUGGCUGGCGAAACAACCAUGGGGAGAUAAUGUCGAAGAAAGGCAAAAGAACUUCGCGAUGUACUCGGAACGAAGAAAGAACCGCAUUAGCGACAUUUGCUUCCACCUUACCACGGCGCAAGUAGGGCGGAAAGCUUUAUUCAAGGCGAAACUUAUCAAUAGGAAGAGGAGGAGGCGAGGGGACAGAUCCGACAUUAAAGUUGUGCUGGAAAUAUGUAUAAAUGAGGACGAACGCGAGCGAGCCGAACUUGUUCCCCGUGUGAACGAGCAGAGCGCCGAGGAGCAACGUUUACGCAGAAGGCACCGGGAGGCUAUGGUACUAAACGAUGGGACGCAUUCCCUAGGCCGCAGCGAUAUUAUCGAGCGGGAACAUGAUUCUAACAGUUGAGUGUUGCCUACUCUUUAAUACUGAGUCGCAAUCUUUCGAUGUAGCGCUUAGCCUCAAAUGUCGCUAGUCUUCCUAGACUGCAUGGCAUAGCAUUCUCAUCCAUGCACAUAGACCAUACAUCACUCAGACCUACAUGAGAUAUCAGAAUGUUAGGUUCUCAGGCCGAGAAGGUCGGUAUCUGAUUGAGAUUGGGCAUUUAAGUGCCAAUAUUAUAUACCACGACACCGCUAUACGUUUGGAGGAACUUAUGCUAUUACUGCGAAGUCUUAAACAUAGCAGCCUCUAUUCCACUGACAUCCUUCCCUACCUACGUAAUAGGUAAAUCGGAGAGUUUUUUCGACGGACUCAAUCGAUAUGAGUAUCUCGGGCUCGUUAAAAAUAAGAAUGGAGAAACUUUGCCUGGCUAAAAUUUCUCUAAUUAACGACUAGAUACCAUUAAUAAUGAAUGAAAGAGAUAUCCAUGGAUAUUCUAAAG